ACACCUUCUCUUCUUUGUUUCUCUCUCUGAAACGCUUUCUUUGGUUCGUAAAUUUGUUAUUAGAAAAAAUAAAAAAAGGGGGAAAAUUGGAAGGGGAAGAAACGGUGUUGAGCAUCGAAAACCCCUUCCUUGCAUCAACGAAAUUCAGCUCAAUCAGGACAAGAACUUGAUAUUUUACGACACAUAGUGCAAAGUGCUGCAAGAUUUUGUGGCACUUGCCUAUUAAAGCAGAUUAAUGUUUGGGAAGAUCUUUGUAUUAUUGUCUUCUGGUAUGGUAAUUUAGAUGGAUAUCACCGACACGCAACGGAAUAGUAACACUGAAAGUGAUCUAUGUCCAUUGCUGAUGGAGCAGCUGGUAUCCCGCAAUGAUCAUCAGCACAUAAUUGAUAUUGCAAGGAACAAUGAUGGUUUAUCCAACUCAUCUAAUAAUCAACGCCCUGCAGUGCAUGAAAAUCAACCUAGUGUCAGCACGGAUGUCCAUACCCGUGAAACAGCUUCAUUUGCUUCACCUAGAUUUAGUCCUAGAAGUUCCACAUUGACAAGAGGAGAGGGGUACAAUCAUCGCAGAAGGAGCCCACUAAAUUCUGGUCUAUGGGUCUCUGUUGAGCUUUUUGUCACUGUGGGUCAGAUCAUAGCAUCUGUUGUUGUCUUGUCAAUGUCAAGAGAUGAACAUCCCCAAGCCCCAUUGUUCGCAUGGAUUGUGGGUUAUGCAGCUGGUUGUGUUGCUACUCUUCCUAUUCUUUACUGGCGAUAUCAAAACUAUAAUCAAAUUGCGGAACCAGAUAUAUCUCAAUCAUCUCAAGGAUCUUCUUUAAGUAACCCUUCAGAAACUACUUAUACUGCCAUAUCUGUUACCCAUAAUUCGAACAGCGACAAUAGUCACACUACAGAAUUGUCUGCAGGAAGUGCUAGAAUUCCUGCAGUGUUUAGUUCUAGGUUUAAUGGAUUAGUAGACCAUUUCAAGAUGGCCUUGGAUUGCUUCUUUGCAGUUUGGUUUGUCGUUGGCAAUGUGUGGAUCUUUGGAGGUCACACUUCUCCUUCCGAUGCUCCAAAAUUGUAUAGGUUAUGUAUAGUCUUCCUUACCUUCAGCUGCAUCGUUAGUGGUGUUGAGGAUGUCAAUACCACUGCUGAAGAUGACGGUGGAAUUUUAGCUGCUGGGACUGAAAAGGAACGGCCUAUAUCAGGAGAAGAUUCUGCUUGCUGCAUUUGCUUGGCAAAAUAUGUAGACAACGACGAACUUCGGGAGCUACCAUGCUUUCAUAUCUUUCAUGUAGGGUGUAUUGAUAAAUGGUUAAAGAUAAAUGCAUCCUGUCCUCUUUGUAAAUAUGAAGUUGGUACAAACAAUGAAGGUGCACAUUCGGCCAUGGGUUCCAAUCAGCAUUAGAUGAGAAAAAAAAAGGGAGACAAUUCUGUUGUUCGGUGGUAUUCAAUGUGCUAGUAAUUGCUUACAUGAAGUCAAGUUACCAAAGCAGUUGCAUUUUCCCUGAUAUUGGUCAUAUUUGGGUUCUUGCCUUGAAGUGUUUUUGUUUUUUUGUUGCUAGAGAGAUGAAGAUAGAUGCAACAUUAGCACCUUUCCCCAAUUUUCCAUAUCAAGUGUUGUUCUAGAAUAUAGGCUGCACUAAUCUUGUAUUGUAUGUAUGUACAUUGUAACCAAAUAUAAUCAAAAUGUUGAUUUUGAUUUACAUCGA